CUGCCGUCCCGCCCUCCCCGCCGCCGCCGGGGACCGCGGCGCCGAGCGCCCGGGAUGCGGCCGGCGGCGGGGCGCCGGCUGCCGUCAGGAGCCGGGGGCAGGCGGGCGGGGAGGUGGGCUCCCGCCGCCGCCGCGGCUCGGCGCCGCCGCCGCGGCUGGGAUUAGGCUCCCGCUCGGCUGCGAUGCAGCGCGGCGGGGCGGCCGCGGCGGGGCACAGCGGGAGGGAGCGGGGCGCCGCCGGGCACUAGGCGGGCGGCGGGCGCGGAGCCGCCGGAGCUCUCCAGGGUGCUGGGUGCCGCCCGCCCGCCCGCGGGGAGCCGCGCCGCCGCCGCGCCGAUGCCACGGACGCGACCUCUCCCGGGCUCCGCCGCUCCGGCGGGAGGCAUGGCCCGGGUGCGGUACCUCCGCGCCGCCGUCUCGGGAUUUUAUCUGUGGGAAGCCGCGGUACUGCUCAGCUUGGUAGCCACAAAGGAAACAGACAGUGCAAGAUCUCGUAGCAUGCCAAUGUCACCAUCUGAUUUCCUGGAUAAGCUAAUGGGCAGGAUGUCGGGCUAUGAUGCAAGGAUCAGACCAAAUUUCAAAGGCCCUCCAGUAAAUGUCACAUGCAACAUAUUUAUAAACAGCUUUGGAUCCAUUGCAGAGACAACCAUGGAUUACCGAGUGAACAUCUUUCUCCGUCAGAAUUGGAAUGAUCCCCGCCUUGCAUACAGCGAAUAUCCAGAUGACUCUUUAGACUUAGAUCCAUCCAUGCUGGAUUCAAUUUGGAAACCUGAUUUGUUCUUUGCCAACGAAAAAGGUGCCAACUUUCAUGAAGUUACAACAGAUAAUAAGUUGUUGCGAAUUUUCAAAAAUGGAAAUGUACUUUACUCCAUCAGAUUGACUUUAAUACUGUCCUGUCCGAUGGAUCUCAAAAAUUUUCCAAUGGAUGUGCAAACGUGUAUAAUGCAGCUGGAAAGUUUUGGAUACACAAUGAAUGAUCUCAUUUUUGAAUGGCAAGAAAAGGGAGCAGUUCAAGUAGCAGAAGGUCUCACUCUGCCACAGUUUCUGUUGAAAGAAGAAAAGGAUUUAUGUUACUGCACCAAGCAUUACAAUACAGGAAAGUUUACGUGUAUUGAGGUGCGAUUUCACCUUGAAAGGCAGAUGGGUUACUAUCUCAUCCAGAUGUACAUACCGAGUCUCUUGAUUGUCAUUCUCUCCUGGGUGUCAUUUUGGAUCAAUAUGGAUGCAGCUCCAGCCAGAGUGGCUUUAGGCAUAACAACUGUACUGACCAUGACAACACAAAGCUCAGGUUCACGAGCAUCUCUUCCAAAGGUGUCAUAUGUCAAAGCGAUUGACAUCUGGAUGGCUGUGUGUCUGCUCUUUGUAUUUUCUGCACUUUUGGAGUAUGCAGCUGUGAACUUUGUGUCAAGGCAGCAUAAAGAACUUCUGAGAUUCCGUCGCAAGAGGAAGAAGAACAAGUAUUUUGAGGGAGUUCUUGAUGGAAAUGAAAUCAGUGAAUCAUUGCAGCAUAGCAAUGGCUUGAGAUGUACAGGACCUAUAGACGGGACUUUGCCUCAAAUCUACAAUACAAAUUUAAGGGAUGAUGACGUACGCGAAAGUCAGUUUAGCUUUACAGCAUAUGGAAUGGGCCCAUGUCUGCAAGCAAAAGAUGGAGUGACACCAAAGGGGCCAAAUAAUCCUAUUCAAGCUGCACCAAAAAGCCCUGAUGACAUGAGAAAGGUAUUCAUUGACCGGGCCAAGAAGAUAGACACAAUAUCCAGAGCUUGUUUCCCAUUAGCCUUUCUGAUUUUCAACAUUUUUUAUUGGGUAAUUUACAAAAUCAUCAGGCAUGAGGACAUUCACCAAUAAAAGAGAUUAAGGCUUGUAGUGCAUACGGAUCUGGCUGCCAUGCUCAACAGGAGGCUUUCUGUUAAGAAUACACAUGAAAGGAGUGAUUGGGAGAGUUAAAUACAUUCAGAGGGGGGGGGCGGGAAAUAUCCUGCAUGGCCUGCAAUGCCCAGUCACAGUGGAAUGGAAGAAUGACACCCAGAGACGAUACAUCUGCUAUUGCAAACUUUCUGUGUCAAACGAAGUAUUAACUUUUUCAUUGCAAAUCACUCUCUGCUGAAGCUUUACUGCCAAGUAUUUAUACAUACUGUUACAUAGUGGUACAAUUGUACAGUAUUCUUUGAUGUUCAUGAAAUUUUUUAAAUUCUGGUGUAUUUUUAAUUAAAACAAUUGAUCCAGAAUACCCUAGGUAAACCCCACAGUAUGACAGAAUAGAUUAGUAUUUUUAACCUUUAUUUCAAUUUUAGAAGAUAAUGACAGAUUCUUGAUUUCAGAUUACAAUGUUAAGGAUGUUUUCUUGUUUUAAGGACGGUACCUGUGGUUUUGCAAUGCGCACAUUUGACACAUUUAAAGUUAUAUAAUUUAUUUAAGGUACUUCAUAUUACCGUUCCCCCGGAAGCUGUAUGUUGAAAUAAUCUGACAGCACAAGGUAUCUAUAGCCUAAUAGUCUGCAUAUCACAUGGGAAAUACAUUAACAUUUAUAAAGUAUUGAUUAGUGCAAAGGAUUUUUUCUUUUAAUUACAUACAAUUUAAUAAUUGAAACAUAAUAUAUUUCACUCAUUUAUAUUUUUUUGAAGGGUUCUUUUUUUCUCAAUUGAUAAAACUCAUACAGCUUGUGAGAUAGACAAACUACAUCAAAAUCUUGUACUGCUUCAUUUUGAUUCAAGGGAAAGAGAUCUUGGACGAAAAUUAAAAGUAACUAGUCAACCGCUUCACCGAAACAUUUGGAGGACGAGUACAGCUGUGUUUAUGCACAUUUACCUCCAACAUGUUACCAAAAUACAGGAAGUUUAGUUUGUGAAUAUAUCAAGUUUUCUGACUUGUUCUUUGAAGUAUAUUUAUAUGACUUUAAGAGUGAAUAAGAAACACUUCACAACUUUGGAAAAACACGCAGCUCUUCAGAAACCUGAAGUAGGAUCUGCCUGGUCUUUUACAUACAUUUGUUGUACUUCACACUAACAAACAGGAGAACAACUACUAAAAGUCUUAGAUUUUCCCUGUUUAGGAUUAAAAAAAAAAAAUUCAUAUUAGCUGCUUCUUUGAAUUGUAACACAAUAGAUCACAUUUAAGACAUAGCUUAUAGGCAAGAGUGUUUUCUAUUGAAAACCAAAAACAUGCUAAGAUAUGGAAAUCUGACAUUUAGAAAUGCUGGCUGCUUUAAGUCCAGUAGCUGAGGCUGUUUCUCAUUGCAAAAUAUUUUUAUUUUUUGUUUGUUGUUGCUCAGAGUUUGUAUACAAAAGCAAAACCAGCUGGAGGCAAACAUCUGGUGCACUGCCAAAGGCAUGGUGCAUAUGAAAUAACAGAAGCAAUGUAACUCUGCACUGAGGUUUAUAACAGCAACCUUGGGAUGGGUUGGGUUUGUUUUUGUUUUCCUCCAAGGAUUAGUUAGAAAGAUUCUAAAAUAGCAGCUCUCAGAUUUUGUUCAGCUGUUUCGGAAAGAAUCUGUAUGAUCCUCCUUUAUUUUAAAACAAUUUUUAUAUAGUUUUGCUUUAUUUAUGAUCUGAAAUGAACUCAAUUUCAAACCAUUAUUUUUUGCUGAGGCUGUGUCUUAUUUUUGUUGAUUUCUUUAUGUGCAUGCUCCAAAAAUCCGGUUCACUUAUGAAGGUGCUCAUGUAUGCGAGGGGUUAUCAUGAACUAAUGUCUGACAUUUCAGUUGGGUUAUAUUCAACUUUCUUAAAGUUAUCAUUAGCUGUAUCACAUGAAAAGGGAUGUUAACUUGCUUCUCCUGUCAGUGAAGUCAACAGUAUUUUAUGUAAGGACUGUUUGAAGUACUAGAUCCAUAAUCAAGAGGCAAUCAAAAAAUUACAUUACCUUUCAGGAUCAUCUGUCUUCUUUCCUUCUAAAGUAGCUGAAUUUCAUUUAAUAAGGAAUUAUUAAUUGAAGGGAUCAGCGUAUGAAAAAAAUGCUGGCCAGAUCAGAAUAGCUCAUAGUUAUUCUUGUUUGUAACACUUGGGUACCUGGUUCACAUUGCCUCUUACCCAGGCAUUCAAUAUAGCCUGUUGCACUCACACAUGUAGUACUACCUUGUAUUGAAAACAUUAACAAAUCUGAGUACUGUAGAGAUUAAUAAAUCUAGCCCUAAUUUCUUUCUUCACUCUUUAAGGCAGAAAAGGUCUCUGCUUUCAAAGAGAGAAUCAGACAGGAAAUCCUGGAAGUAAUAAAGGAGAAACUGGAUUGUAACACUGGCAAAAUGUAACAAGGAGUCAGAAAGAGUGUAAUUUGUUAAGCAAGAAGGACAAGACCCUUCAUUCAUAUAUGAACCUAUUACCUCAGUGAGGGGAAAUAACCCCUGUGCCACAUUUCACUUUGACUAGAGUAAACAGAGGGGAAAAGCAAAGAAAUGGUUCCAUUAUCAUGUAUUUAAAUGCACAUAACAUUUGGCAUGUGAUUCUGCUGCCCCCAGGUAAGUAAAGAUUUUCUAUUUUGAUGUAAUGGAAACAAUCUCUCCUGAACUGAUGGUUUUGUGGUUUGUUUUUUUUACUGGAAGUGCCAGGUAACAGAAGCCUCUGCUGUCCACUAAAUAACAUGUUUUCCAAAAGAAAGCAGAACUUUAAAUUUAAUUUAGAUUAUUCCUAAAUGACUUAGUGUAAAGUCACAUGGUAAAGAAAGAAAUGUAAUUUGAGAUAAGAAACCACCUGCUAUUCACCACUGACUAGCAGAAAAGUCCCAAAAUGCCAGCAGGCAUGCCAGCCCUCUGUGCAGAGCUAGAAUCAACAGCUACUGUCAUCAGCUAAUAUCAGUGUGGGUUAUGAUUCUUUUGUAACUUUAUAAUGAAGUAGCAGGGAAUAAUAUUAAGAAGAUGCAAGAGUCAAUACUCUGAAGUAUUAUCAGACUGCAGUAUUUAUGCUACUGUCCUGUGAAAGAGGCAGCAGGGAGGCAGAAAAAUAAUCAUCAGGGAAAUAAUGCUUGAAGCAUAUGUUACCUAGCAGGGCUUCUCCUACAGCUAAAAAAGACCCCAUUUAUUAGGCUGAAGUAGAUAGCUACCUCACCUCACAAUCACUGAACCUGGGCUCUGUAGAAUACAGGAACUUAGCAAAACCACACAAGAAGGCUUCUUGUAAGCACAACCCUUACGUGACAGGCUAACACAGUUUUGCCCCAAGUCAUUAUUCAUCAUAGGUGAAGACUCUGUGCCACUCGGAUCAUGUUUCUGUGGUCUCUCUAGACCAGUCCUAUACUCCAAAAACAGAAUACUGGCAGUAGAAGAUUAUUGCAAUACAUUGAAAACAGACAGAGAAACUAGGAUCUGGAGGAAUGCUCCAACAACACAGCUACCAAAAAGCUGUCACAGUCACCAUAAAGGGGAAAGAAGAAAGCAAGAGGCGUCCUUACUACUUUCCCCCAUCCCCCCCGUAUCCUCUCUGUAGGUACACUUCUUCAGAUGGAAGCAGUACCUACAGGCGGAAACAAUUUAUGUCAACCGCUGCAAAGUAUGUAUUCUCCUUUGACAGUAGUUUCUACCUGUGCAGUUAGAGAAUCGACUUGCACACCAUCCACAUUCUUAAUGGAGCUGAGCAGGAGGGUACAGGAUGAAAAGCAUGUGCUGUACAGAGCAUAAGAGGGA